UACCUUCCUGACGUCGCAAGGGCUAGUUCAUGAGGUGGCCGAGUCUCUGCAGAGGGAAGUACAUCACAGACAUGAAAAUAGAGGCCAGACUCUCUGCCAGCAGCCGUUGUUGAACUGGAAACAUGUCCAAGAAAAGGGGUAGGAAGCGCAGCAGCGGGGAGCUGAGCGACACGCUGGUCCCGGACCCCAGCUGUCUGCUGGGCAAACGCAUCCAGCACGGCUGGCGGGAAAAGGGCGCGCUCACCAAGUGGAAGGGCACGGUCCUGGAGCGGCUGGGCACCAACUCCUCGCUCUACAUGGUGAAGUACGACGGCUUCGACUGCGUCUACGGCAUCGAGCUCUUCAAGGACGAGCGUGUAUCCAACCUGCAGGUUCUCAGCGAGAAAGUAGUGAACAACAAGAUCAAAGUACCACAUGACACAGAGGAGCUGGUGGGCAAGGCCGUGGAGCACCUCUUCGAGAAAGAAGACGGGGAGAAGAACGAGUGGAGGGGCAUGGUGCUCUCUCGCGCCCCCAUCAUGACCAACUGGUACUACAUCACAUACGAGAAGGACCCCGUGCUCUACAUGUAUCAGCUGUGGGACGACUACAAGGACGGAGACCUGCGCAUUUUACCCGAAGCAGAGAACAAACACCUGCUGCCUGCAGACCGGAAGCCUGGCGAGGAGACAGAGAGCCUUGUGGGUAAGCAGGUGGAGUAUGUCACAGAUAAAGGGGUGAAGCGGACCGGCCUGGUCAUCUACCAAGUGCCCGCGAAGCCCUCGGUCUACUACAUCAAAUACGAUGACGAUUUCCACAUUCACGUCUACGACCUGGUCAAGACGACCUAAGUGGAAAAUAUAAGAGAAAGAAGAAAACAAAAAAGAACAAGAAAACAUAGCUCACCUUCACCCCCAUCCUUCCCACACCCCUCCCCGAAGUUUCCUCUCCUCAUCGUUCUCUCUCCACCGCGCGUUGCUACGGUGGGCAGGUGCUUUGGGGGGGGGGGGGGG